CUCCGACUCCGACUCCGACUCCGGUCUGUCUCCCACCCGGCAGCUCUCCUCUUGCUCGCUCGCGUUCUCUCUCUCCUACUCUCCUAUGCUUCAGUGUUCGUUCGAACACGGCCCGGUACGGUUCUGUCGCCCCGGUGCGAGGCAAGGAUCCUCUUCGUGAUGGGAGCUCGCUGCUGCCGCGGUGGUGUCGGCGGCUGCCCCCGAUAGCCGAUCGCCUAGACGGUAGACGGUAGACAGCCAGUAGUGCCACGCCGAUGUCGCUGGCCUCGACAGGGUGACACGCGCUCGUUCGUUCGUCCGUUCGCUCGUUCGCUCGCCGGUGUUCCUUUUCAUGGUAGUGUUGUCUUCGGGAUCGUCGUCGGGUGAGAGAAGAACACCUUAUCCUCUGUAAACGUGCGUCGAGAACACCGAGUAAACCGUGUGUGCCGAGAGAGCGACAGAGAGAGAGAGAGAGAGAGAGAGAGAGAGAGAGAGAGAAAGAGAGAGAGAGAGAGAGAGAGAGAGAGAGAGAGAGAAAGUGCGUGCGCCGGGGUGGUUCGUAGAGGUGCGACAGUCGAUGGGGAAGAAGCGGUGCCGCUGAAGGAGGAUCCGCGAAGGAGCAGCAAGGCAAGCCCGCGAUUCGGCUCGGCGCCGGCGAACGAGUGAGAAAAAUGUCCCGCAACUACACGGUCCGUUGCGAGCCCGGGCUGGUCGUGCCGCUGUGGAGCCCGGUGGAGAAUCUGUAUCUGUCGGACGUGAUAAUCCGCGGCUCGGUGUACUUUCUGCUGCUGUUGUACCUGUUCAUCGGCGUGUCGAUCAUCAGCGACCGGUUCAUGGCGGCGAUCGAGGUGAUCACGUCGAAGGAGAAGGAGCUGGUGGUGCGCCGGCAGGGCAAGGAGCCGCAGAUCGUGGUGGUCCGGGUGUGGAACGAGACGGUGGCGAACCUGACGCUGAUGGCGCUCGGCAGCAGCGCGCCCGAGAUCCUGCUGUCGAUCAUCGAGAUCUGGGCGAAGAACUUCCAGGCGGGCGAGCUCGGGCCCGGCACCAUCGUCGGCUCGGCCGCCUACAACCUGUUCGUGAUCAUCUCGCUGUGCGUGUUCGUGAUCCCGAACGGCGAGACCCGGAAGAUCAAGCAUCUGCGGGUGUUCUUCGUCACCGCGACCUGGAGCAUCUUCGCCUACGUCUGGCUCUAUCUGAUCUUAGCCGUGUCCAGCCCCGGCGUUCUCGAGGUUUGGGAGGGCGUGCUGACCUUCUCGUUCUUCCCGGCGACCGUGCUGACCGCCUACGUGGCCGACAGACGGCUGCUGAUCUACAAGUACCUGCACAAGGGCUACCGGAUGAACAAGCGGGGCGUGAUCGUGCAGGCGGAGGCCGGCGACUCCGACGGCGGGGUGGAGCUCGAGAUCAAGCCGCAGCAGGACGGUUUCCACAACAUGAUGGACGGCGACACGGCCGAGGCGAAGGAGUUCGAGCAGACACGCCGCGACUACAUCAAGACCCUGAGGGCGUUGCGCAAGAAGUUCCCGACGCAGCCGCUCGAGCAGCUCGAGGUGAUGGCCCACGAGGAGGUGCUCGGUAAGGGCCCGAAGAGCAGGGCGUUCUACAGGGUCCAGGCGACCAGGAAGAUGGUCGGUGCCGGGAAUCUCAGCAAGAAGAUCAGCGAGCGGGCCCAGAGCGAUCUCAGCGAGGUGAAGGCCGAGCUGCAGCGGCAGGAGGCCGAGAGCGUCGACAUCGAUAACGUGAACGCCAUGAGGAUCUUCUUCGAGCCGGGACACUACACCGUCAUGGAGAACGUCGGCACCUUCGAGGUAGGCGUCACCAGGCUCGGCGGCGAUCUGUCCAAGCCCUGCUCCGUCGACUAUUGCACCGAGGACGGCUCCGCCGAGGCCGGCUCCGACUACAUCAGCGCCAAGGGCACCCUCACCUUCGACCCCGGCGAGACCAAGAAGACCAUCAAGCUGUCCGUCAUCGACGACGAGCUCUUCGAAGAGGACGAACACUUCUACGUCAGGUUGAGCAACGCGACGCAGCCGGCGAUGCUGGUCUCGCCGAGCCUGGCGACAGUGAUGAUCCUCGACGACGACCACAGCGGUGUGUUCGGGUUCCCCGAGAGGGACGUGGAGUUGGUGGAAAGCGUGGGACAGUUUUCUCUGCGAGUAGUGAGGUACAGCGGCGCCAGGGGACGGGUGGUCGUCCCGUAUCGCACCGUCGAAGGAACAGCGAAGCCCGGCAAACAGUAUCUGCACACGGACGGCUCGCUCACCUUCGAGGACAACCAGACCGAAAAGGUGCUGAACCUGUCGAUAAUCGAGGAGGACUCGUACGAGAAGGACGCGCUGUUCUACGUAGAGCUCGGCGAGCCGCAGCUGCAAGGAGGAUCCGAGGCAGGGAUCGCAGUCGCGGCGGAAAUGAAGCAGCCGGAAGAGAGAACCGCCGAAGAGAAGAUGGCGCUCCUCGGUAAACCGAAGCUGGGCGAGGUGUCUCGGGCACAGAUCAGGAUCAAAGAAUCGAAGGAGUUCAAGAACACCGUUGACAAGCUGGUCCAGAGGGCGAACGCUUCUAUACUGCUCGGGACCAGUUCAUGGCGAGAACAGUUCACGGAGGCGUUGACCGUGAGCGGAGGGGACGAGGAGGACGCCGAGGGUGCCGGCGAGGCAGCGGCUCCAUCCACCAUGGACUAUCUGAUGCACUCCGUCACGAUAUUCUGGAAGGUGUUGUUCGCGUUCGUUCCACCGACGGACAUCGCGGGCGGCUACCUGUGCUUCGUCGUGAGCAUAUUAGGCAUCGGCGUGGUGACGGCGGUAAUCGGGGACGUGGCAUCCUACUUCGGCUGCACUCUGGGAAUCAAGGAUUCCGUGACCGCAGUGGCAUUCGUCGCACUCGGCACCAGCAUCCCCGACACGUUCGCGAGCAAGGUGGCCGCCUGCCAGGACAAGUACGCCGACGCGAGCGUGGGAAACGUGACCGGAAGUAACGCGGUGAACGUCUUCCUGGGGAUCGGCAUCGCGUGGAGCAUCGCAGCCAUUUACCAUGCCUGCCACGGCGAGCAGUUCGAAGUGGAACCCGGCAACCUGGCGUUCUCCGUGACGUUGUUCUGCACGGAAGCCUGUUUGGUGAUCCUGGUUCUGCUGCUGAGGCGGACGAAGAGCAUCGGCGGCGAGCUCGGCGGGCCUUUUGUACCGAAAGUGGUCACAUCCGUGAUCCUGUUCUGCCUGUGGGUAUUCUACCUCGUGAUGUCGACCCUGGAGGCCUACGGCGUGAUCGAGGGCUUCUAAAGCAGCUCGAGAAAACCGCGGAAACGUCGGCCUACCCGCAAGCUGCGCGUAUUUUAAACUCUUACGUCCGCCAAGGCGUGUGCUCAACGAAAUGUUC